AAAUGCCAGGCAAGCAGCCUGUAGAAGGGCCAGUGGAGGCUGGGGCUGCAGAAGAUGGCACUGAGGAAGGACUCGGGGGCCUCACCCCAGAGGAACUCCAGCAGGGCCAGGAGGCCGCCCUGGCCCUGGAGGACAUGAUGGCACUGAGCACCCAGACCCUGGUCCAUGCUGAGGUGGACCAGCUCUACCAGGAGGUGCGUCCCCUGGGCCAGGGCCGGUAUGGUCGCGUCUUACUGGUCACCCAUCGUCAGAAAGGCACGCCCUUGGCACUGAAGCAGCUCCCGAAGCCCUCCACGUCCCUCCGUGGCUUCCUGUAUGAGUUCUGUGUGGGCCUGUCCCUGGGCGCCCACCCAGCCAUUGUGGCUGCCUAUGGCAUCGGCAUCGAGUCAGCCCACUCCUACAGCUUCCUGACGGAGCCCAUUCUGCACGGGGACCUCAUCACCUUCAUCGAGCCCAAGGUGGGCCUCCCUCAGCCCGCGGCCCAGCGCUGUGCGGCCCAGCUGGCCUCRGCCCUGGAGCACAUCCACUCCCUCGGCCUGGUGUACCGGGACCUCAAGCCAGAGAACGUGCUGGUGUGCGACCCAGCCUGCCGUCGCGUCAAGCUGGCCGACUUUGGCCACACACGGCCCCGCGGGACCCUGCUCCGCCUAGCCGGGCCACCCAUCCCCUACACAGCCCCCGAGCUCUGUGCCCCGCCGCCUCUCCCCGAGGGCCUGCCCAUCCAGCCUGCCCUGGAUGCUUGGGCUCUGGGGGUCCUGGUCUUCUGCCUGCUCACUGGCUACUUCCCCUGGGACCAGCCCCUGGUGGAGGCCGACCCCUUCUACGAGGACUUUCUCAUCUGGCAGGCCUCAGGCCAGCCCCAGGACCGACCGCAGCCCUGGUUCGGCCUGGCGCCUGYGGCAGAUGAACUCCUGUGGGGGCUGCUGGACCCUCACCCCCGAAGGAGGAGCCCGGUGGGCUCCAUCAAGGGCUACCUGGGGCGACCGUGGAAACAGCUGGAGAGGGAGGCUGAGGAGCUGGGAAAGGGGGCAGAGGACGGGCAGUGAGCAGGGCUGGGAGGGCAGCGCCCACUUCCAGGGGUGCUUAGCUGUGCCAAGCGGCUUUGGUGUCUGCCCAUUUUGUCCCUCUCCUGUGCCCCCUUGCUGCUCKGUGCAGUCCCCGCCCCUCCCUGUCCCCACGUGUCCUUCCUCCUCUGCACCUUCCCUGGAUGCUCUGGGAGGUGCGCCUCCUCUCUAGGCCUUCCCUCGCCCCAGCACACGGCCGCCGCCCUCCCCUGCAGCCCCCUCCCCCCCACUUUGUGUUCCUUUACUUUUCCUGUGACCCGUGUCCUCUUUAAUCCAGAUGUUUUACUUACCAUGGCUACUGCAUGAGAUCCCAAAGGGAAGGACCACGYGCCCAGAGCCAGGCCUGGCUGGGCCCUGCCUCCCUUCCAGGUGCCUCACACUGCCCCUGGCCUGCCCUCUCCUGCAGGGCUUCCCUUCCACCCCGUCCCUCUGCCCUUUUCUCACGUUGCUGGGGAGUCACCCUCGUGUUCUGCCUCUCUUGCCCCAGCUGCUCUCUGCAAAUAGAGUCCACCUGGUGUCAGGUCCCCUGACACUGUGGGAGAGUAAGUGUGUGUGUGCGUGUGUGUGUGCGUGUGCGUGCGCGCACACACACACACACACACACCAGCAGCUGCUGUGGAGAGGGAGAGGUGGAGUGCCUGGGGAYGAGGCCCCAGCCCAGCUGGCCCUGUGGUGGACGGUAGAGCACGGAGCACAGGGUGAGCUGCUGGUUUCUUGGGUGGUCCCGGACAGGCACACUGAAAGGUAGACAUCACGUGCUGCGUUUGCACACGCACACAGCACACUUGGCCCGCCUCAUUCCGCAGCUCCCUGCUCUCCCACCCCUCCCGCCUGCCCUCAGCCCUCUUCCCCACUCCACUGGUCUCCCCUGUGUCUUCACGGACACCCCUCUCCCUAGCUUGGCUCUAGCGUCCACACGGAAGGGAAAACAGUCGACGGCCUUUCGGAGUCUGGCCCAUUUCACUUAGCAGAUGUCCUCCAGUUCUGUCCACCUCCCAGCAGUGCCGUGACCUCAUCCAUCUCCAUCUUUAUGACUGAGGAAACUCCUCUGUGGGCCUGGACCACAUUCUCGGAUCCAUCAUCUGCUGACGGGCACCCGGGCUGGCUCUGCACCGUGCCUCCUGCGGAUCACACUGUGAAACACUGAUGGGACUGUGCCCUGCCGUGUGCUGGUUUUGGAUCCUUUGGAAAAACACCAAGGCGCGGGGUAGCUGGGUCCUAAGGCRUUUCCAGUCCUCGCGUUCUGAGGAGCCCGGAGUGCUUUCUGGAGGACUGUACCCAUUUUCACUCCCACCCACAAAGUUUGACUAUGCCUUUUCCCAUGAGCUGCUUAUUUGUAAGAAUCCUUU